AUGAAAAAAUUCAUUUACUCAAAACAUAUCAAGAUUGAAAAUACAAAAGAUUAUGUAUUAGAAUUUAUUAAUAAUUCAAAAAUAACAAAUACAUAUUCAGCUGAUUUAGAACAUACAUGGAAUAAACCAAAAUAUCCAUAUCCUGAUCAAUUCCUUAUAAAUGAAAAAUUCAAUUUAUACGAACAGACAGCUCAUUUAAGACAAUUCAGUAUUUCUGAUGAUAGUCACUGUCCUUCUAAUACAAAUGAUGAAUUUAAUAAAACAACCGCAUUUAAAUCUGUGUCAUCAGCAUCAUCAACUUGUUCAUCUGAUUUUAAUUCACCUACUCAUUUAGUUCCAUGUCAAACUUAUAAUCAUAGCCCAAUAACACCAACAGGUCAAGUUCCGUAUGAACAAAAAAUUUCAAAAAUACAUUCAGAUUUAUUUCAUCACUCGUUUAAUACAACAUGUACUUGUCAACAAUGUUGUCCAGUAAAUGAUGAUUGUUGUCAAGCAAUUACAUAUGAAAUUUUCAUGAAACAACAACAACAACAACAACAGCAGCAGCAACAACAAAAUCUAAUGACUUAUCCAUAUUUUUCAUAUAAAAAUAAAACAUCAUUUUCUUCACAUUUAAUUGCUGAUGACAAGGCUAGAGACAUUAUUAAAGCAGAACCUUCUGAACAUGAACCAGUAUUCCAUGUAACUUCAUCAUCACCUUUGUUUAUUUUACCUCCGAUACCAACUAACAUUACAAAUCCAUCGACUAUUUAUGAUUUUC